GUAUGUGGCUUGCUCUUUGGAACGCUGUGAUUUCUCCCGCGACACGGAGACCUACUCUGCCCGUUGGGACGUAUUGCUGGACGUCAAUGAUUGCCGGUACGAGCUGCUGAAGAGGCACAACCUCAUGUUUGCCGUGGUUCCCUCAGAGUACAUGUGGGAGGAUGGCACCGGUAUGCGGAAGCAUCUCUAUGAGGCGAAG